AUGUCAUCGCAAUCGCCAUCGAGAAGGACAGGAGGUCGAGCGAACACAGAACGACAGGAGCAGGGUGGAAUGACGGAUCAACAGCGGACUUACGGGACAGAGAGGCCGGGAAGGCCAGGAGCUCCAGGAGUGAGGGACAUCGGGAGAGUUUCCCAACCUGCCCCAGGCAGAACGAACAUCAGCCAGGAUCGCGACAACACACCUCGACCGACGAACCGACCUCAGCCACAGAUCGUGCCCAUUCCUGGCAGCAGUCAAUACGUGCGCAAUCAAAGCACAUCAGUAUCUGCUAGCGGGAGCGGAGGAUCGAGUUUGAGCUCGCCAGGAUCGUACACGACACCCACCCGUUCUGGUCUCCUCCCUGCCGCCGCUAUCGCAUCACCUCUUUCUCCCAUCACACCGUUCACCUCUGGAACCAGUCAGUCAGCGCUACCCAAUGCCCUCGGUCAGAUGCAACGCACCUUCUCCCAUCAGACCUCGGUGCUGCAAACGACUUCCAAUCGCCACGACACCGAGCUGAACGAGCUGCGGCAACUCGUAAAUCGAGCUGUGUCGAGAGUUGAUGUGUUGGAGCAGACAGUGACGAGCCAGGUUGCUAAGAUCGAGGAAUUGACGACAGAGCUGCAGAAGCUGAGAGAUCAGCGAGGAGUUGAAUCGGAUGAGGAGGAAUCGACACCCACGACCAAAAGGCAGCGGCUCGGUAUAUCUCGACUGGUAAGGGAAGCUGUCGACUAUUGUCACGGCUGUCCCGCCCCGGUACCGCUUCCUGAUUGCGCCCCAGGCGAUACGGAUUGGCCGAAGCUCGCCAAAGGAGACGGCUCUGAUGGACCGCCCGCGAUGAGGUGGGAUUACAAUAAGCCCUUCACCGACAAAUUCAACGUCGCUCAACAGGACAAGUUGACUCACGUACUACGCCACAACCGAGAGGCAUUGGCUAUGCCGAGCGACUUCCCCUUGACCGCGAUCCCUCCGUAUGAUACGCACGCCGAUGUCUACCGAAACAUCAUCAGCCGCCGUUUCAAACAGCUCGCCGCCAAGAUCAAGCUGGAGGAGACCCGCAAUUGGGCCACAGAGGGAAGGGCCAAAGUUAUGGCCGAGAUCGAAGAGCUGGAUGCAGUCGAGAGCCAGGAUGUCGAGGUUGCGAAGACCCUGAAGGAGAAGAGAGAUUAUGUGCGGAAGAUGGAUGAAGCAGGAAAGGAUCUGGAGAACGACGCCACUGGAACUGUGAAGGGUCCCAUCAGAAGUCGCUUGCAAACGGCGUCUACGUGGCUGGCAAAUCGGCGUGCGCUCAACCCAGAGUACUCCGAUCGAAAGUGGGCUUGCAUGGACGAGCUGUUCUGUAACGUGCCCCUGACCAAGGUCAAGGAGGGCGACAAGACGCUGUUUUUGACCCCGGAGCUGGAAGGCGUAUACAGCGAGGAGUUCAUUAACGCACGACAAGCCAUCAUCGAUACUCGCUCACCGUUAUUGAGCCGGGCGACUGGAACCAAGCCGGAUGCGUAUACCGAUCUGCACCCUGGACGCGUCCCCGCUCAACCGUAUUGGGCGACCCGGACUCAGAAUGUUCACCAGAAUCCUCAGCGAUGGAUGUUCGAUCCCAGUUGGCUUGCCGAUCAUCCCGAAGAGGAGGAUGCGUAUGUCGUCCCGGUUGACGAGCCGACACACCCAGAGGAUGUCAAAAGCCUAGACUGGUGCGUUGCUCGAAUCGGCAAGAAGAGAAAGGCGGCUGCCCAAACCCCCUCGGAUGCUGGUGGCGAACGAUCGCGCUCCAAGACGCCGAGUAGAGGAGGCAGUCUGGGUCCUGAUGCGAAGCGCCAGAAGAAGGCUGUCAGCGCGGUCCAGAGAGUACUGUCGGAUGAGUUUGAUGACGACUACAACAGGGAGAGAAGUCAGACUUCGACGAGUUCGGAGGCAGCGUCCCCAGAGGCCGGGCCGUCUCGAUAUGGAAUGACCUACCAGCAAACGCCCGACAGAUACCGAACUUUGGAGGACGACCGUAUCAUCAGUCCCGCGAGUCAACCAUUCGACGAUUAUUCUCAAUCUCAGCCUCACCGAAACUCCCAACCCCUUCCUUUACCUGACCAAAGAGGACAGCAGGCGGCUACUAGUCGUCAGCCUGGCCAACGAACUCUCACGAAAUCAAUGACCACUUACGCCCCCAAUGUCACCUCGCCCCUCAGCAAUUCCCACCGUGCCGACAGUCCGGUCGACAACAUAUCCUUCAAUGAUACCCAGCACGAAACCUACAAUCAGACCCAGAACCUACCCCGUCAGCAGGCAAGACAUCAGCAGGCACACGAUCACGCGGGGCAAGCCAAUGGCUUUGGCUUUGAUUCUUACCUCGGAAGCAACGACAUGAUGGGUAUGGGCGGCAUGGACGCCAAUACCGUCUUCGAGCCUGCCUUCCUGGAGGAGAUGAAGAGGUUGGGCUUUAUCCCGAGCGGCCAGCAGGCUCAGGAGACCCAGCGAGAGACGAUGGGUAGUCAAGAGAACUUCUUCCCGAACUACAUCCGAGGUGCCGAUAGCCAGUAG